CUUGCACUCUUCUCUUCACUCUCUUCCUGCAAUUGUCUGAAGGCUGGAUUUUGUUUUUGUCUCCCUCCCAACAGCAGUUGUUACUUACUCGAAGUGUUGCAGGAGUCUUUGCAAUGGAUGAUGGAGCAGAGUCUCUGAUGACUGUGCAUCUCCUCACCCACUUGGGACACUCAUUUCCUCUGCAGCAAACUCUGGACCGGCUUUUGGAGUGGCUCUGCCUGGACAUUCGUGUUUUCCUGGUGUCUGAGCGAGUUCCUCCACUGAAAUACUUCGAGAGAUACCGCAAGAGGAGCCGCAGCUUUCCCGGAAUAUCCGUCCUCCUUUUUCUGCUCGAGGACUUGGGAGAAGAACGGAUUUUCCAGGUCCACGAGCAAUUCCAGCGCCCUCCCUGGCGGUACCAGCGUGCCCAGUUUGCUAAUGGGCAAAGGCCCCUCUGUGGCCCAUGCCAGCAGGACUUCUAUGGCCUGGAUGAGCAGCUGCCCGUGUGGGGCAUCAGGCGGGCGCACUGCGGCCCCGAGAUCCUGCGCGUCACCCUCUACUGCAGCUUUGACAACUACGAGGAUGCCGUGAGGCUCUACGAGAUGAUCCUCCAGAAAGAAGCCACCGUGCAGAGCAGCACUCUGAGUGUCUUUGUGCUGUACACCACCCCUCACGUGGCCGUGCAGCUGUGCCUGAAGCAGCUGCCCAUCGGGGUGGUGGCCGAGCCCCGGGACUCGGCAGCCCUGCAGUUCAGGGUGCGGGAAAUCGGGCAGCUCGUGGCCCUGCUGCCCAACCCCUGCGUUCCUAUCAGCAGCACCAGGUGGCAAACGCAGGACUAUGAAGGAAAUACAAUUCUGCUCAAGGUUCAAAGCAGCUCCAGGACCCUUGAAACAAACAUCGGGCUUUCCCAGAAGCAUAAUAAUACAAGCAGUGGGAAAAUCCCGCAGGACUGUAUGCCAGCCCCUCUCCCUGUCCAACAGGGUAAUCCCAGGCGGAGAGGCCAGCAGGUCAGAGCUCUGAAGGGUCAGAGAGAAUCUGACCCGAGUCAAGUCCUCGCCUCUGAGCAGGGCAGCAGUGACCUCCAGAGGCACUCCUGCUCUCCUCCCGGUGUGGCAGCAUCCCGGCCGGGCUGGGCAGCGGUUUCGCUCCGCAGGCAGGCGGGCAGGAGGCUGCAGGCUCCUGCAGAGAGCCGCGGGCACCGCGGGGCAGAGACCGACGUGGACACCGGGCUGGCCGUGGGCAGCGCCGGGAGCGCCCGCUGCCCGCUGAGCCACUUCCCCCGGGCCCUGCGGAGCAGCCCCCAGCCCCUGCCAUCCCCCCAGCCCCUGGGGAGCAGCCCCCAGCCCCUGCCAUCCCCCCAGCCCCUGCCAUCCCCCCGGACCGGGGCCGGGGCCGCCCAGGACGGGGCGCGGCUGCGGCUCGCCCCAGCCCGAAGCAGCAGAGCAGCGCAUGGAGCUCCGCAAACACCGCGGGGCAGCCCUGCACACCGAGCAGAGCACCAGGAGGAGCAGGAAUUCUUCAUAUGACCUAAACCAAACGUGCCAGACGGACUCGUCCUUCCCAAAGGAUGCGGAGCUGCUCAGCGUGUGCCUCUGGAGCUGUGACACCCCACUAGGGGUCACUGAGGCAGACACUGAAUUUCCAUGGAGAGAUGCUUAGGAGGCUGCAGGAAAAAUAACACUGUAUUUACAGAAAGUUCUUGUUUUAGUUUGUUUGUUUUGUUGGGUUUUGGUUUUGUUUGUUUUUUUUUUUUAAUGCACAGUAGGUAAGAGCUUUGUUGUGCAGUGAAUAGGAAUAAGCCAUAUGACUCCUACAGCUGUUCUAAGAUGCUAAAAAAUAGACAGUGACAUCUUCAGAUGGGUUUUGAAGGUGCAGAUUGCACCUUCAAGCCUGAACUGCCCAAGCAGCUGGAUGCCCCCAGCCAUGGGAACUCACCAUCCCUAGCCAGGACAACAUGGAACAAGGCCAUGGCAUGGUCACAGGGGUUAUGCUGGUGAUCCUUUGUGUUCCUUCUUGCUUCCCCUGUUGUUGGUAUUUAAAAUCUAUCAAUGUUGUCAAUUUUAUGCGAAAUUUGAAACAUAAGAAUAUUAUUUUAAAUAUUUCUCAAGAAAAAUAUUUCUAGCAAGACCUUUUUCCCAACUCAACACAGUACAGGCAAAAGCCACACACUUGAGGAGAAGUGCCAGCAAAACCUGCUGUUGCCUAUUCAUGUUACACUUAAAAUAAACACAGCAACAGGCCAGGCUUUGUUAAACCAGUGUGCAAUUAGCAGGCAAUCUUAGCUGGGUUUUAAUUAACAGAAGACAAGAGAAGUUAAGAGUCUUGGAGGGAAUUGCUAAAUCCUCAAGAGUAAAAAGGAGGGGAGAAAUGAAGUCAUGAUUCAGCAUCAACAGAUGCUAAAAUAACUCCCAUCUUGAUCAGUUUUCUUUCUCAAGUAGGAUUAAAUAAAUCUCAGAGGGAAAGAGAUGGGAAAAAUAUGAAGGAGGAGUGAAAUUAUUCAAAGAAAAGCCACAUCUGAUCAUACUUACCUUCAAAUGUAAGUACAACAAAGAGGUGUUCUCUCCCUUGAAUAUAUCUGAAUUCUGGAAGGGAUAUAGGGAAGUCCCUGCUCUGGGCCCUCCCAGCAGGUGCUGCCCUGCCAAGUGAUGUUCAUGAACCCUUCAAUUUGGGGACCAAAAACCUACACAGAACAGAACACUUCAUUCACUGGACACUUACAAAC